UCUGAGAGCACCAGGUCGGGGCCCCCCAGCCGCUGGGGCAGGUGAGUCGGCGACUCAGCGCGGGAGAGACGGCCGCGUGGCCGUCGGGCCCCGCUGCCCGAGGCUGACCCCUCCUCCCUGGUCCACAGGGCCCGCGAUGGAGCGCGCAGCCCGGGGUCGCGCCCCGCCCUGAGCGCCCGCCCCCGCCCCCGACCCCGCGCGUGGCCAUGCUGCCCCGAGGGCGGCCCCGGGCGCUGGGCGCCGCGGCCCUGCUGCUCCUGCUGCUGCUGCUGCUCGGCUUCCUCCUGCUCGGCGGCGACCUGGGCUGUGAGCGCGGCGAGCGGGCACGGGGGCGGGGGGACCCGGAGUCCCUGCCCUGAUCGCUAACGCCACGUGUACCUGCAGACGGGCGGCCGCGGCCGCGGGGGCCUGCUGCCCUCGACGGAGACCCGCCGGCCGACCCCGGGGGCCACCACCCCUCGGACUGCGUCCCGCCGCGGCCGCCGCCGCCCAGGUGCGAGCUCUUGCAGGUGGCCAUCGUGUGUGCGGGUCACAACUCCAGCAGAGACGUCAUCACCCUGGUGAAGUCCAUGCUCUUCUACAGGAAAAACCCACUGCACCUGCACUUGGUGACGGAUGCCGUGGCCAGGAACAUCCUGGAGACGCUCUUCCGCACGUGGAUGGUGCCUGCUGUCCAGAUCAGCUUCUACGACGCCGAUGAGCUCAAGCCCCAGGUCUCCUGGAUCCCCAGCAAGCACUACUCUGGCCUCUACGGGCUAAUGAAGCUGGUGCUGCCCAGCGCCCUGCCCCCUGACUUGGCCCGUGUCAUUGUCCUGGACACAGAUGUCACCCUUGCCUCCGACAUUGCAGAGCUCUGGGCACUCUUUGCUCACUUCUCGGACAAGCAAGUGAUCGGUCUCGUGGAGAACCAGAGCGACUGGUACCUGGGCAACCUCUGGAGGAACCACAGGCCCUGGCCUGCCUUGGGCCGGGGAUUUAAUACAGGCGUGAUCCUCCUCCGGCUGGACCGGCUGCGGCAGGCUGGCUGGGAGCAGAUGUGGAGGCUGACGGCCGCGCGGGAACUGCUCACCCUGCCCGCCACCUCACUGGCUGACCAGGACAUCUUCAAUGCCGUCAUCAAGGAGCACCCGUGGCUAGUGCAGCCCCUGCCCUGCGUCUGGAACGUGCAACUGUCAGACCACACGCUGGCUGAGCGCUGCUACUCGGAGGCAUCUGACCUGAAGGUGAUCCACUGGAACUCACCAAAGAAGCUUCGCGUGAAGAACAAGCACGUGGCGUCCUUCCGCAACCUCUACCUGACCUUCCUGGAGUACGACGGGAACCUGCUGAGGAGAGAGCUCUUUGGGUGUCCCUGCCCGCCCCCUCCUGGAGCCGAGCAGUUGCAGCGGGCCCUGGCGCAACUGGACGAGGAGGACGCCUGCUUUGAGUUCCGGCAGCAGCAGCUCACUGUGCACCGUGUGCACAUCACCUUCCUGCCCCACAAGCCACCACCGCCCCAGCCCCACGAUGUCACCCUGGUGGCCCAGCUUUCCAUGGACCGGCUGCAGAUGCUGGAAGCCCUGUGCAGGCACUGGCUGGGCCCCAUGAGCCUGGCCUUGUACCUGACAGACGCAGAGGCCCAGCAGUUUCUGCGUUUUGUGGAGACCUCGGCGGUGCUCGCCACCCGGCAGGACGUGGCCUACCACGUGGUGUACCGCGAGGGUCCCCUUUACCCCAUCAACCAGCUUCGCAACGUGGCCUUGGCCCAGGCCCUCACGCCGUACGUCUUCCUCAGCGACAUUGACUUCCUGCCUGCCUACUCCCUCUACGACUACCUCAGGGCCUCCAUCGAGCAGCUGGAGCUGGGCGGCGGGCGGAAGGCGGCUCUGGUGGUGCCCGCGUUCGAGACCCUGCACUACCGCUUCAGCUUCCCCAGUUCCAAGGCCGAACUGCUGGCCUUGCUGGACGCCGGGUUUCUCUACACCUUCAGGUACCACGCGUGGCCCCGGGGUCACGCGCCCACAGACUACGCCCGCUGGCGGGAGGCUCAGGCCCCGUACCGCGUGCAGUGGGCAGCCGACUACGAGCCCUAUGUGGUGGUGCCGCGUGACUGUCCCCACUACGACCCCCGCUUCGUGGGCUUUGGCUGGAACAAGGUGGCCCACAUCGUGGAGCUGGAUGCACAGGAAUACGAGCUCUGGGUGCUGCCCGAGGCCUUCAUCAUCCACCUGCCACACACCCCAAGCCUUGACAUCUCCCGCUUCCGCUCCAGCCCCGCCUAUCGUGCCUGCCUCCAGGCCCUCAAGGACGAGUUCCACCAGGACUUGUCCCGCCACCACGGGUCUGCUGCCCUCAAAUACCUCACUGCCCUGCAGCAGCCCCGAGGCCCCACCUGACCUCCCCCCGCCCCCGUCGCCUUGGCUGUCACACACUCCCUGUAGACACUGGAGCAACCUUGCUGCCGUCCCAUCCCCGCCCCCCGCUGCUUAAGUUAUUUAAGGUCCCUCUGGGAAGGGCUAGGGCCGGGCCUCUGCGGGGUGGGGCCUGCAUCUGCCCUCUGCUGCUAUUCUGUGGCUGGGGUCUAGUGUGCCUCUGCCCCAGCUGGUUUGGGGCUGGUUCCUGCAUGCUCACCUGUAACAUCCGUUUUUCUAAGUAAAGUGCUAAGAGCUCCUUUCCAUCUUCCUCUUGGUUUGGGGCACGAGGGCGUCCGUAAAGCCCGGGGAGGUGCUGAAUCUGGCUGGAGUCGUGGGAGGGCCGGGCCGCCCCUGUGCACCCUCCCCUGCCCCACACCCAACACCAUGAGUCUGAGAGACUUUAUUUGGCUUUAUUUAGUAAAAUGUUAAAAUAAAUAAAUACAAAUUGAUCAGCUGCUCUGUAUCCCCCCACCCCCUCAAAACAGAAAUCAAACAGAAACAAAAACUUUGAAGCACACAACUCCAAACACACGUUCUACCAAGACUGAAAUCACAAAGCGCACGGACACGGCCGAGAGGCAGGUUGGGAGCUGGCUGGCCCUCCUGCCCAGGGCGUGCUGACCUCCGGCUGCCCGCCCUGUCCUGCCUGGCUGCAGCUCGCCCUGGGCUGAGGGCCCACUGACACUGGAGAGAGGGGCAGGGGCCAGAGGCUGCUGUGGGGACGGUGGCGUCCUCGGGGAAGAAGAAGAGCCUUUGGGGGCAGGCGGUGAAGUGAGUUUGUGAGGACUGCUCUUCCUUUACAAGGGCUGUUUUCAAGAGCUCCACCAGAGCUCUCUGAGGGGGUAACCCUCAGCGUCCUCCCCUACUCUCCGGUGGGAGGGCCAGAGGAAUCUUUUCAGAGGCCACCUCCUCACCUCCUGAAAAGAAGCGGACACUGAGGAUGGCUGUACGUCCGGGUGAGAACGGGUCACUUGUUUCCCGCCAGGGGUGCCCAGCUGAGGGCUGGGGUUGAGGGCCAGUCUUCUACACAGAGCAAGGUUGCCUCCAUCCAACAGAAGCCAUGGCAUCUGGAGGACCACAGGCCCAGAAGAUGUACCUGGGCCACCAUGCAUCCUACUACCGGAGGGCCUUUUGCCCUCGGGGUGAAAGUCUCCUCGGUUAAGCCCUCUGGAUAAAUAAGAAAGACCAAGCCCUGAAAGGGAGCGAAGGGAGGAAACCACUUUGAGUGUGUUGUCUGAGCCAUGGGCUUGGGAUGAGAGCGCAAGGACGUUCUGCUGGCCCCUAGACAGUAAGUGUCAGAGAUGGCGGCAGAGGCAGCUGCACAGGCAGACAGGUGAGCCCGCAGCACGGUCCCCCUCCCAGGAGCGGCGUGGGGCAAGCAGCUGCGCCCACGCACGCCGCCUGUUGAGCCUGAGCCGGGAAGCAGCAGGGACAGAUGCAGGCCUGUCGGGAAACCGGGCACUCACACGGUGCCAGCUAGAGGCUGCUGUGGCCAUGUUAUGGGCCCCACACAGGUAAGGCCCACGCGGGGCUGCCCCAAGCUGGGUCUCCCCGCCAAGCAUGACCAGCAGGCUUGCCCCAAAAGGUCCCAAAGGAAGGAAGAAAGCAGGACUCUGGAUGAGCUCAGCAGAGGUGAGACAAGGCCCAGCAGGCUCCGUGAAAGAAAAAGGACCUGCAGGCCACACGGGCAAGAAGGAGAGCAGGGACGAUGACAGCAACAUGACCUCACUGCCUCCAGGGCACAUCACCUGGGCCACAGGACUGACAGGAGGCCUCCUGAGCCAGGGCCUGGGAGGCCGCUCCCUACUCCCAGACCGGCCGCUCCCUGGCCUCCCAAGCGCCUGCAGGCCGGCUCCUCUCAGGUGUGUCUGUCAGCAGCUACACUGGGGCACGGGGAAAGGCAGCAGAAGGGGAGAGGGAGCUGGAGGCAGCUCUGGUGGGGCAGUCAUGAAUGGGUGUCUCAGGUGGUCCCAGGGACCCACAGGUCUGGAGGGACAGAGAGGGCCUUCUCAUGGCAGGACAGUAAAGGAGGAGGAGGCUGGGUGACUAGGGCCCUUUCUUUGCAGUAAGGGGUGUUUGGGAAUUUGAGUCCAGGAUGCAGGUUUGGGGGCAGGGUUGCCCUUUUUACUCCAUACUUGCUGACUCUGCCCAACAGCUUAUGUCUGAACUUGAGGAACGACUCCUACCCUAACCCUAGGCAAGGUCAGAGUGUGACUGCUCACAGCAGCCAGCAAAACCCUGGUCAAUUCCUAAGCCUGACUCCCACCCCCGAGAAUCCCCAGGCAGCUCCUUUCUGAGCAAAGGCCUCUAGUGAUGACAGUUUCCCAACUGCUUUCAAGAAGGUAGGUAUCAUGUGGCAACCUCCAGUGUGUGGGCCCAGACAAGUCAAAUGGGAGGCUCCAAGACAGGGCGUUCAGCCCGCCUCUGGGCUCUGAACCUCCGCCAACUAUUCCUCCAACUCGUCCAGGCAUCUCCCCAGGCUCCCUGACUAGACAUAGCACCUUGGUUUUUGCAUGAGGAGAGGGAGCGGCCUUCUUUGCCCCUCAGGCAAACCUGCAUCCAGGUCCUGACUCUGAGGCCCGUGCAGCCCCUCUUAAAGCCUCCUCCAACAUCCGGGGAAGAUGAAUGGAAAUGGUUGGCAGAGAUGAGACGUGUUUUACAUGAGGAGUAUUUCUCUGUUGCAGCUACUUUCAGGAUCAAACUCUUGUCUUUCUGGGCCUACCUAGGUGAAGGAGAAACUAAUGGGCCCUUUUCUGCCUUAAGACUCUGGCCCUUUUGGGGCCUGGGGCUGGCUUGGGAGAGAUGCUCUGGGAGGGCCGGGGCGCAGAGCCGCUGCCUCCCUCCUGUGGCCAGAGGCGCACAACGGACAAAGGUCUCCAGCAGGAGUGCACACCUGACGGAAUUUACUUCCCACAAAGCACGAUGACAGAAAUGCUCCAAGCCUUCCAGAACCCUGCUUUUCUCAAGAAGACGAAAGUCCAAGCCAAGGCAAGCACAGCAUUCUAGCCAAAGGUCGCCCAGGAAGCUUGUGGGUGGGCAGGGUAGACUCCCAUUUCCAGGGCCUGGAGCCAGCAGGCAGAGAAAGCGGCUGGAGAGUCAGACCUCUCUUCAAAGGCAUGAAGACACAGAGGCCACCCUGGGGCUCUCUGUCUCAGAGAUACCAUGUCCCCUUCAAGACAUCUCACUCCCUUGUUCCUUCUAAGCACCAAGAGCUGAUGCAGCCAGCCUACCCCCUGCACCCUUCUGCCAAAGCUGGGGUGCAUGGGCACCGAUGAGCUUCACUGGCCAUUUUCUUCAAAGCUGUCCCCCAGGCACUCAAAAUGCUGGUGGCUGAACGACCAAGAGCAGCACCAAAGGAAGGGAUCUUAUUUAGGCACCAGCCUUUUGCUCUAGCAAAACCCGAGGAGACAGUAGGUCUCCCCUGGCACCAUCCACACUCCACGUGGGCUUCAGAAACAGGAGCCCAGAUCCCUGCACCAGGAAGAGAGGACAGUCUUUUCUGAGGAGGGGAGAAUGGCGGGAGAGCCCUGCCCCGCCCUCAGGGCCGCAGCCAUUGGAGGAGAGAAACCUUGGAGAGCAGCCCACCGGUCUUGAGACACAAACACAGCAAAAUGUCAUCACGAUCAGCAGGCUCUGUGCUAAAAAAUUAUAACUACACAGCAUUUUCUCCAGUUCCGACACCUUUUUUAAUAGAAAUCACUGUUUUUAGGAAACAAAUAGCACUUCUGUAAUUUUUUUUUUUUACAAUGUUUCUUACCUUGAUCUUAAUUUAAGUAACACUAGGAAGACCUCAAUAUCUUUUAUUUUCCUUUUUAAUUUAAAAAAAAAGUUGUUUUUUUUCCCCCAGAUACAAAGAUGUUUGCCCUUGCAUAAAAAAACAGUGCCCCGAACGAUGACACAAGGACUCACACAGACUCACUGGACCUCACUGACACUAUGAUUCCUAUUCUACCAUGCAAGGUCUCGACUACCCUUAAUUGGACUGUCAGCCUGAAAAACAGCUUUUCUAUUCCUUAUUUUAGUUUUUGUUACCAAAAAAGUAAAAUAAACAACAAAAUAAGACUUUUUUUUAAAGAAAAAAGAACAAAAACAAAAAUAAAAAAAAAGAAAA